CGACGUGCGUCUCUGCAGCGACGUUGGCGUAUUUCAUCGGGGUUGUCACGCGCUUAUUCGACGUCGAAUUGCGGGUUUGCUCGUGAGCGUUUUUUCGCUGUGGCGCUUUUUGUUUUGGCGAUAACAAACCAGCUGCGUUAGGCUUUGGUGCAACACGGGAAGUCGUUCGGGCGCUGAAAUCAGCUUUCCCCCGUGCAAACGGGCCCCAAAGGGCCGUGGUUGUUUUCGUGUCAUUCAUUUUGAACGGGGCAGAGGGGUUGCGUCAUGCCUCAACUUGUUGACAUUCUUUUGUUUAUAGUGUUGGACCCCACAGCUCCUGGCUCGGAGCUGCGGGGCUGAGGAGCGGGGGACAGCGGCUCGGGCCUUUACACUCUCCGCUGGACCGAGUUAGACAUUUUCAAGCGUUUUGCAGGCGGCUACGAUGCACGCCGAGCAUACUGACCAGUAAGAAGUUUUUAAACAAGGAAAAGGCAGGACUUGGUGAGAAUGGACGAAUCUUUUGAUCCACUCAAGUGCAAUGAGGAGCUGCCGUCCUCACCUGGUUGCCACAUGGAUUAUGAUGACAUGCCGGAGCUGCAGGAGGUGGAAGAGGACCAGAGGUCUCCUGGUUUAUUUCAGGUUGGAGCAGGAGUGUCUCACCAGGAGCUCAGCUGUUCCCCCAAUACCAACUGGCUUGCUGAGCUGGCCAACAUUGCCACAAGCCCACAAAGCCCCUUACUGAAGGAUGCACCACAUCAGAGAUCAUCUCCUGUCCACAUCUUUGGCAACAGUAAUAGUUUACAUUCCUAUGCUCGGCCUCCUUUAGCCAGUAGUGCACCCAACCCGUCCAGAGGUCACCUCAGGGAGCGCAGGCGUGUCAGGGCCAGCAGCGAAUCUGAAUCUGGAGUCUUCUCUAUGUCCUCGUCCUUUUCUGACGAUGAAGACAUGGCCUGGUCUCACUCCUGGCCGUCCACAGCCUGGCAUUGUUUUCUUAAGGGAACUCGCCUGCGCUUCCACCGAGGUCCUAAUGUAGAGUGGCAGGAAGCUGAUGAACUUUCAGAUGAUGACUCGGAUGAUGAAACCAUGAUGCCUUCCUCCUCUUCUCUCAAGAGGUAUGGUUCAGAGGGGCUGAAGUUGGUCAGCCACGAAGAGACGAUAUCCUUUGGUCAGGCGGUUCUGAAACUCACCUUUGACCCUGGCUCCCCUGACGACAGCCCUUUAACGGCCGAAUGCCGACUGGAUCACCCGUUCUUCGUCAAAAAUAAAGGGUGGUCUUCCUUUUAUCCGAGCCUUACUGUGGUGCACCAUGGGAUCCCCUGCUAUGAGAUGCAGCUGGGAGACGUGUGUCUGCCACCAAACCACCCAGAUGCCAUUAACUGUGAUGACUCAGUCGUCUUUGACACUUUCAGAAGUUAUGACUUCACACCACUAGAUUCCUCAGCAGUGUAUGUGCUAAGCAGCAUGGCCCGUCAGCGCAGGACCUCUCUGUCCAGUGGGGGCGCGGUCAGUCCAGACUGUGAUAAACUUGAGCGCUCCAGUUCCCCACAGUCCUCUAGUAGCAAAUCCAACAGGGGCCACACCUCAGGGACAACCAGUGGUGCCACACCUACGAAAUGCAAGCGGCCAAUGAAUGCCUUCAUGCUCUUUGCCAAGAAGUACAGAGUGGAGUACACGCAGAUGUAUCCUGGAAAGGACAACAGAGCCAUUAGUGUCAUCCUGGGUGACAAGUGGAAGAAGAUGAAGAAUGAGGAGCGAAGGAUGUACACCAUGGAGGCCAAGGCUCUGGCGGAGGAGCAGAAAAGACUCAAUCCAGACUGCUGGAAACGGAAGAGAACCAAUUCGGGCUCCCAGCAAACUUAGCUCCUCCACCAGGGUCCCCAGCUGCUGGUUUUUUGGAGACAGAGUCUAUUGAACUGCUUGACGCCUCUUCGCUCGCCUAUGCUCUUCAGACUCGACUGUGAUGCUGAAUUCACCUGCUUUUCGUAACCUUUAAGACGAACCACAAUUAUGACUAUAAACAAAAUGUAUAAUCUAGUCACUAACAGUGCAUAUAUUUUCCUAUAUCUUUAAAGUGUAGUCUUAUUCCUCUGAAGUAAGAAUGAAUCCUCUCAUUUAUUUCACUUUAUUUCACAUUCAGAGUUGGAGCAAAUGAGAGCCUGUGGUGCUAUACUUCAGCCUAGGAGCAGAAAACAACAGGUGACUAUUUAUAAUUGUAAAAAGGGGGAUUUUAGACAUUUUCACCACUGUUCAUAUCGCUUAUAUUUGUAGCAUUCAAUAUAUUGCACAGAUCGAUAACCCUUUCAUACAGUUUGUAAUACCGUAUAUUUUCUGUAUUUGUACUAUGGACAACUGUUUGUGAUAUUGCCCUGCCAAAUCCUUGGUAUUUGCCCGACCACCCUGCCACAUGGGGAGCAGACCUUCAGCAUGUGGUGGUGGGGUUACACUCAGACACAAAGCACUUCAGGCUUUCAAUGGAAGUGUUUCUUUCUUUUGCACUUUAUAUAAAUAUGUAAUCUAAUCCUAGACCGCCAUUGUAUACUGGUGGAAACCAUUUGUGUAAUACAGCUACUUCAGUAUCUUGUCACAAUCAUGGUCCAGCGGCCGUGCUCAGCUUUCAGGUUUCUAUUGAAUUUAAAGUGCUUUGUUCAUAAAUGUACAGAUUUCACAGCCCCAACAACCUCUUGCACAGAAUAUCCUUGUACCAUAUUAUAAAUAUUUUUUUAAAACUUGCAUCAUAUUCAAAUGUAUGGUUCUUUUUCAUAAACUGUAAUCAACCUGUGGGGAUGUUUGACUUCAUGCUUCAAUACAUAUAUUUGCUUCUC